UUUUACACAAAAAAAGCAAAUACCCUUUUCCUUCUGCAACUUCAUGGUUCCUUUUUCUUCCUUUUCUCCUUCCUUUGAAACCCAAAACUCAACCACUGUCCCCUCAAAUCUUCCUUCAUCUCUCUCUCUCUCUCUCUCUCUCUCUAAACAAGCAAACCCCAUUAUAAAUAAAUAAAAAAAAACCACAACCUUUUUUUUUGUCAGAAUCAAAAACCAAAAAACCAUGAUUUCCAGAAUGAACAGUAACAAUGGUUGGGUAGAAGAAAGAGAAGAUGAAAACACUACAAACCCUAACACUCCUUCAUCUGCUUCACCUUUCAUCUCUAACAACUCACAAGAUUUCUCUGCUUUCAUCAAACCCAUGCUUCAAAUCAAUGAUGAAGAUGCUGAAUGGUACAUCAGAGACAUGGCUUUUUCUCCUAACUUAGACAACGUUUUACUCCAAACUGUUGAUUCUGUUUCUUCAUCUUCAUGUUCACCUUCUUCUUCUGUUUUCAACUCACUUGAUCCUUCAGCACCUUCACCAUCAAAUCUUCAGUAUUUUCUUCCUCCAAAUCCUAAACCCAUUAACACUAACACCUUUUCUUCUCUUCUCAACAACAACCCUUUUGAAAUUCCAUGUGAACUUGGUGGUUUUCUUGAUCAUCAAGUUUCAAUGUUACCUGGUUGUUCUUCAUUUAUGGGUAGUUUUGAUUUCACUUCAAAAAAUCAGUUACCAGCUACUAGUGCUACUAAUCAGUUGAGCUUACCCCAAUUGCCUCAAAUCAACAAUGGCUUCAAUGGCUUCAUGGGGUUUCAGAACUCUCAAGAGGGUUCUGGAAAGUCACUGUUUUUGAACAGGUCUAAGAUUUUGAGACCUCUUGAUUCUUUACCUUCUUCUGGAACACAACCGACUCUGUUUCAGAAAAGAGCAGCACUGAGAAAAAACUUGGGAAAGUGUGAAAUGGGUGGAGGGAAUGAUAAGAAAAGGAAGAUGAGUGGUGGAGAUGAAUUUGAUGAUUUGAGUUUUGACGGGUCUGGUUUGAACUAUGAUUCUGAUGAUUUGACUGAGAGUAACAAUUUUGGUAAGAUGGAAGAGAUUGAUGGCAAAAACUGUGGAAAUGGUUCUAAUGGUAAUAGUACUGUAACUGGUGGUGUUGAUCAGAAAGGGAAGAAGAAAGGAAUCCCUGCUAAGAAUUUGAUGGCGGAACGUCGUCGCCGGAAGAAGCUCAAUGAUAGACUCUAUAUGCUGAGGUCUGUUGUUCCAAAGAUUAGCAAAAUGGAUAGGGCUUCAAUUCUUGGGGAUGCAAUUGAGUAUCUGAAGGAACUUUUGCAAAGGAUCAAUGACCUUCAUAACGAGUUGGAAUCAACACCUGCUGGAUCUUCACUAACACCUGUUUCAAGCUUCCAUCCUUUGACACCGACUCCAUCUUCGUUGCCAAGUCGUAUCAAAGAAGAACUAUGCCCCAGCUCAUUGCCAAGCCCCAAUGGCCAACCUGCCACCCAACCUGCCAGGAUCGAGGUUCGGUUGCGGGAAGGAAGGGCUGUGAAUAUCCACAUGUUUUGUCCUCGCAAACCUGGUCUUUUGCUGUCAACCAUGAAGGCUUUGGAUAACCUUGGAUUAGACAUUCAGCAAGCUGUUAUAAGCUGUUUCAAUGGAUUUGCUAUGGAUAUAUUUAGAGCCGAGCAAUGCAAAGAAGGUCAAGAUGUCCUUCCAGAGCAAAUCAAAGCAGUACUCUUGGAUUUAGCUGGCUUAAUGGAAUGGCCUAAUUAAUUAGUUUUGGCAACAAACAAACUAGUAGUACUUUCCAUUUCAAACCGUCACUUUAGCAAGUUUUAUCAGUUUCUUUACUUUUUAAUGUUUACAAUUCAAGUGUAUGAUACUGUCUCUGGUGAUUUCAGUUUAAGUUGAACUAGAAGUUAUUUCUUUUAGCAACAGUUUGAUUGGCACCUUCUACAAGUUUUAAUGUGAAGAUUGUUUUUUUGUGUCCAA